AUGAAAUAUCCAGUCUUUUUCGAUCCCUUUCGAGGAGGAGGCCUUGUGAGGGCAAUUAUGAUAUGUAUCUUUGUUGAAAUAUCGAACUGCAACCAAACAACACCAGAAGAUCUUGUGUCCUACAACGAGACGAUGUUUGGUGACGUCUAUAACUCAUCUCAUACAUGCCAGUGCGAGAUCACUUUCCCGCCAUUUGUCACUUGCCAGAGCUACGUAGAAACGGGAUACCCUGAGAGACUUGAUGCGGCGGAGCGGGAGAUCGCCCGACUAGGUCGUCUUCUUGAAGAUUUCAACCAGACGGUCAUCAAUCUCCAUAUCGACCUCGAGAUCACAGGAUCUCAGCUCAAUGUGACAUUGACGACAUUGCAGGGUGUUCUUGCUGGUACGGUGAUCGUCACCGUGGCCGAACUCGAGCUCGUCAAGAAAGAACUUGAUGAGAUGUCCAUCCUGCUUGACAAAAUCGAGCUUGUAGCAUCCGAGGUUCCUGAGGUCCAGCUUCUUCGAGUAGAGCUGAUUAACUUUACACUACUCAUUAGAGACCUGGAGGUAACAGGCCCCACUGAGGUCCACCAUCUGCAAUCGAAGAUUGACGAUCUGAAGGCGAAGUUAGCCGAAUGUGAACGGUCUUAUUCGACAAAGAGCGAAGAUGACAGCCUCUUCCAACCAUGGAGUGAUUUUCCAUCUCAAGAUAGUUGCGGUGACAUCAUUCACAUAUCCGAACCAUUCACUGUCAGAGGCUUAGGUAACAGAGUAGGGGCGUGGUUUCGAGACCCAAUCCGGGACUAUAUGAAGGUAUAUUACGUACCAUUCCACAAUCCAAGAUCGACUUUCCAGGUUGACCGCUUUGCUCACAUAACCGAUUUCCGUGACGGUACGGAAUAUGAGAGCCGGUACAUGCUCCCGAGCAACCUUCCAGCCCAAGGACCAGGGAUGGUUGCUUUCAAUGGAUCCCUCUACUACCAUGCACUCGAGACCAGGCAAAUCGUGAGAUAUGAUUUCGAAAAUGACACGGUUGUCAACACCAACGUAAUAUCCGACGCGGUCAUCAAUAACCGUGGUUCAUACAUGGUCCAGAGUUAUAGCGACAUCGAUUUCGCCGUCGACGAGAGCGGGUUGUGGGCAAUCUACGUUUCCGAGUCGGAUAAAACAAAGACAGCGAUUAGUCGUCUGGAUCCAGAAACACUAAACCUUGUAGAGACGUACAUGGCGCCCUUCCGUAAGAGCCGUAUGGGAAAUUGCUUCAUGGUGUGCAGGAAGCUCUACUGCCUCAGCAGCUUCUUCAGCACGGAUACCACAGUGGAGUCGGUGUAUGACACCUCGUUGGACGACUAUCGCAUCAUCAGCGUCCCCCUCGACGUCCGUUUCCAGGAUAUGACGUCAUUGGAUUACAACCCACGUGACCAGAAGCUCUACGGAUGGGACAAUGGCCAUCAGGUGGUUUACGAUCUCACCUUUGACAUACCGGAACAAACCGGUUCACAGUUGCUCCCUGCCAAUUCCAGACUUCCUUUUGAUCUCCAGUAAUCAAAAUAUAAAAUGGCGAUGGCUGGCUGGAAAAAAAAUCCCAGUCUUCCUGUUAUCAUAAUUGUCAUUGGCCCGUUUUCUGAACACUGGUUUAAUUCAAACUAAAUUUCAUUGUAAAUUUUAUUCUUGAGUUGAACUAUUGAUAGCUGAUUGCAACACUAAUUGAAUGUUGAUCAGGCAGAAACCAAAAUAGGCUAGUUGGCUUUUGGCUACUCCUACUCACGUCCCAUUUAUUAUCUUA